GGAGAUGCUCAUUCAAAUGAGAUACGGGGUCCGGGGGAGCCAAGAGGGCAGCUCCUGUAAACUAAACGACCCUCUCCUAAUGACCUGAUGAAUAUUAAACACGUCCGGGGUGUUUGCAAGACACUUUCGUCGAAUUUCUGGGCAGCCCAUUCAUAGAACUGCUGCGGUCAACACAAUCGGCAUCAACUUCGUGAAGUGCCGCGUGUGCCGCUCUCCCCUCACACCGCACUGCACGUUUUGAACGCUAAGCCAAGUCAUUUGUUGGAUAUGAUAUGCGAAUCUUCGUAUUUAUUUAUUUAUGUAUGUAUUUAUUUUCCCAGUUGGCUACGGUAGACUUCCAAGCUUAAAUUCGAGUGGGCUUUACGGCACGGAGGUGGGGUGCGCAUAGUGCGGGCUUUGACGUUGUAUUACACAGAGAGUGUGAAACAUCUGCAGCGACUGGCGGAGAGAAGUCGGAGCGCCCAGUUUAACUGCGACGAUCGCCUCUUACAAGGUGCGGAACUAUUGGAGUCGGUGGAAGGAAAUAAGGAUAUUUCAACCGGAGCAGCUGAUUCUUUUGGUUACUUGAAGCUGUGGGAUUGUCUUGAGAGCGCUUAGUGGAUCUGCGUGCUCUGUCCAAAGUGCUGAAAUAUGAAUCAAACCGCCACCGUUUCCCACCAUGUGAAGUGUAAGCCUACCCAGCCCAUCAAGGAUCUAGGAGGUGGCAGCCCUCCACAGAGAAACUGGAAAGGCAUUGCCAUUGCGCUGCUGGUGAUCCUCGUCGUGUGUUCCCUCAUCACCAUGUCAGUGAUCCUUCUAACACCAGAGGAAACGACAAAAAGAAGUGAAACAAAGCUGUCGUUUGAAGAUCUUUUUAAGUCCAAUUUCACAAUCCUCGAUCCCGAAGCAAAGUGGAUUAGCGACACGGAGGUGGUGUACAAAAACAGAGACGGGCAUGUCCUCAAGUUCAAUGUUGAAACAAAUGAAACUAGGAUAUUACUGGAGAACACGACCUUUGUAACAUUCAUAGUUGCAAAAUAUCAAGUUUCCCCAGACCUCAGAUAUGUUCUUCUUGCUUAUGAUGUCAAGCAGGUAUACCGGUAUUCAUUUACUGCAUCUUAUGUCAUCUACAAUAUACACACAAGGGAAGUCUGGGAGCUUAAUCCUCCAGAAGUUGAGGAUUCUGUUCUGCAGCAUGCUGCGUGGGGAAUGCAAGGUCAGCAGCUGAUCUACAUAUUUGAAAACAACAUCUACUAUCAGCCUGAUGUAAAGAGCAGCUCCUUGCGUCUCACAUCUUCUGGGAAAGAAGGAGUCGUUUUUAAUGGAAUAGCUGAUUGGCUGUAUGAAGAGGAACUACUACAGUCUCACGUUGCCCACUGGUGGUCUCCAGAUGGAGAAAGGCUGGCGUUCCUGAUGAUCAAUGACUCGCUGGUUCCAAACAUGGCUCUCCCACGCUUAACCGGCAGCCUCUAUCCGAAAGGAAAGCAGUAUCCGUACCCAAAGGCAGGACAGGUUAACCCUACUGUGAAGCUUUAUGUUGUAAACCUUUAUGGACCCAUGCACACUCAGGAGCUGACACCACCAGACAGCCUAAAAGCCAGGGAGCAUUAUAUCAGCAUGGUCAAGUGGGUGAACAACACCAAAGCUGCUGUAAGAUGGUUAAACAGAGCCCAGAAUAUUUCCAUUCUGACUGUGUGUGAGACAACGACAGGAGCCUGUAGCAAGAGACAUGAAGUUGCAUCUGAAGUGUGGAUAUCAAAACAGAAUGAUGAGCCCGUGUUUUCAAAGGAUGGCAGUAAAUUCUUCCUUACUGUACCAGUCAAACAAGGAGGAAGAGGAGAAUUCCAUCACAUUUCCAUGUUUAAUAUCCAGCCAAAAACAGAUCAGAUUACUGUCCGGCAUCUAACUUCAGGAAACUGGGAAGUUACCAAAAUAUUGGCUUAUGAUGAAAACCAUCAGAAACUCUAUUUCCUGAGCACACAUGGCUCCCCAAGACAACGACAGCUCUUCAGCGUUUCCACAGUUGGCCUUUUUCCUCGCCACUGUCUGACCUGUGAAUUCAACCAGCCUCGAUGUUCCUACUUCAAUGCAGACAUCAGCCCCAACAAUCAGCACUUCAUUCUGCAUUGUCAAGGACCUGGGAUUCCCACCACGACAUUGCAUAACAUGAACAACCCAUCAUAUUAUUAUAUGCUUGAAAAUAAUACGAUAUUGGCAGAGAAUGUGAAAGAAAAAAAAGUUCAACAGACAGAGUUCAGAAUAAUUUCUAAUGAAGAUUUUGAACUGCCACUAAAAUUAUCAUUUCCAGUGGACUUCUCUGAGUUACGACAAUACCCCGUCCUUCUGAUUGUUGACGGAGCUCCUGGCAGCCAGCUGGUAACAGACAAGUUUCACCUUGACUGGGAUUCGGUCCUUGUCAGCUCUGAUAAUGUCAUUGUGGCCCGCUGCGAUGGCAGAGGAAGUGGCUUCCAGGGACAGCGGAUACUGCAGGAGGUUUACCGGCGAUUGGGGACCGUCGAAGUGAAAGAUCAAAUAGCAGCAAUCGAGUACCUAUCAAAGUUAAAGUAUGUCGAUCCAACACGCAUUGGAGUUUUUGGAAGGGGAUAUGGUGGCUACAUUGCGUUAAUGAUGCUGAAAUCAACGGAAAGACUUUUCAAAUGUACAGUAGCCAUGUCUCCUAUAACAGACUGGAAAUUAUAUGCAUCUGCCUUUUCAGAACGGUACAUUGGUUUACCUUCAAGAGAAGAAAAUCUGUACCAAGUUUCCAGUGUGCUACACGAUAUUCAAGAGUUAAAAGAGCAGAAUGUGAUGUUAAUACAUGGAACGUCAGAUGCAAAUGUUCAUUUUCAGCACUCAGCAGAACUGAUUAAACAUCUAAUAAAAACUAAAGCAAACUACACUAUGCAGAUCUACCCAGAUGAAGGACAUUUUGUGUCAGAAAAAAGCAGACAGCACCUGUAUGGCACACUCAUCACCGUCUUUAGAGAGUGUCUAAGAGAAGACACAUUAUUAUUUCCAGAGGAGCCAGAAGAGGAUGAAUAGGUCAACAGGCCACUGGAAGGACUUUAUAAUUUAUUUCUGUAAUGACUACUGGAGCCUUGAAGGCUCUGAAGUAAGCAUUAGCUAGAAAUGACUGAGAGAGUGCAGAUGCUCCAGAGGCUCAAGGGCAGAUAAAGGAUUUCUAUCAGUGGAACGGCACAGUUAGACAUACUGGGCCAACAGUCCGCAUUUAACAUAUCAGGCCCCAACUUCUCUUCGAUUUAGAAAUCUCUUUUGGAAGGGCACAGGUCUGCUUCAUCUUCCAAAGAGAAUUUAGUUUUUACAUCCAUAGUUAUGUGCAUGAUUAUUUGGUUUAGCGUCACCGAUCUUUCUUUUCUUUUCUUUUUUUUUUUUUGUUUUUUGGUUUUUCAUGUAAAUAUUUCUGGUAGCAGCGAGCCCACACGUUUCACUGUCUGUCUGUAUGGUUUCUUCCCCUUUGUAAAGCUACAACGAUGUAGAAACAAGUGCAAUUCCUUCACUCUUUCACUUAUAAAAGCAAUCCUGUGGAGUGCAUAGAGGAAACAUACGCAAAUGAAAAACAAAAAAAAAAUGUAUUUAAAUAGCACCCAAUCCAAAAAUUCUUACUCUCGACUCUCAAAAAUGAUUUGAUUUUUUUUUUUAAAAGAUGUAAGUAUU